GUCACCAUUACCAGGUUGUUGGCAGCACUUCUCGCACUCCUCUCCAGUAUGUUUGCUAAGGUUCCUCGUCUCCCGAUCUGCGUGGGCGUGAUGGUGGUAGUGUUGUUAGUGGGGGUAGUGGCAGCGCGCCCUUCCCUACCAGCAGAUCCACCCUACGCCCCUCCCUACUCCCAGCCCUCCUACAAGCAGGGUCGGCCAUACUCGUUCAGGUACGGGGUGAAGGACGACUACGCAGGCGCUGAUUAUGGCCAGGACGAGACCUCUGAUGGGCACCUGGUGAAGGGGUCGUACUUCGUGGCGCUCCCCGACGGCCGCCUCCAAACCGUGAAGUACCAGGCGGACCACGUCAUCGGAUACGUGGCAGACGUGGAGUUUGAUGGUGACGCCCAACACCCCAUCGCCCAGUACGGCGGCCCCAUCACCUUCAAGCCCAGCUCCCGCCCUUCAUAGUCCCAUCACACGUCACCUUCAGCGUCACUUUCAGGCCCAGCCACCCACCUUUUACAAUUCCGUCACACGUUAGCGUCAACUUCAGGUUCAUCUGCCGCCCUAGAUAUUCCCGUCACACCUCACCUUCAAAGACUACGGUCACCUUUCAGCCAUUUACCAAUUCAUGACGAGUCAUACUCAUCCCAACCACAUGCACAAGCCCACCACGACCAUGUUCAUCAGUUUCAGCGUCAUCCACUGAUCAUGACACCGUCACCUUCAAGGUCACCCACUAUCACCAUCCUAUCAACUUCAGGAUCACCAAUCGAUCAUGACCAUCACCUUCAAUCCCAUCCACUGACUAUGACCAUCACCUUCACCUCCACACAUCGAUCCUCCUUCUAUGAGACACAUCCUACACACUAAAGUUGACCUCCCCGCUGCUAGUGGCUUCCUCUUAACUCCUCCACCUUAACAGUCACCGAGUCAUGAACUUGUCUCACUACAUAAGGUAUCUUGUUGUGGCAGUAGUUGUAGUAACAGGUUAUACAGACACACUCGUCAACACUUCCUGGUCCCACUCACUACAUUCAUCAGUAACAAUGUAUAGGGAAUAUAUUCAUUCAUUUGUUAACGAUAAUAUAUUCUCCAGGCAGUGUUAAUGUUAAUCUGGACGAUAUUAAUUGGGAGGUGUGUAAUAUAUUAACGAACACACAGGUAAUAUUAAUGAUAAUACCUUUGUGUAUAUUCCCUCUAUAUCUCAGAAGAGAGGUAAAGGUGGGGUAUUUUUUCACAUAUAUUUCUGAUAGUGACAAAGACAAACACAGUGAUGAUUAAUGACUGAGAAUAAUAAAAACAAGUCGCCGGUGACCCAGACACAGAGCAGCAGACUGUAAAUCAAUCGGGUAUUUUUUGGUUCAGUUAGGGUAGAGUUAAGCUCCCCUGUCCUGGCGUACUGACUUAAUUAAUAACUUGGUAAUUGAAAAACUGAGCCAAAAAUAAUAACUACAAAUUAUUAUUAUUCAUAUAAUUUUUUUUAUAACGUUAUAUCAAGUGUGAAUGACUGCCCGAAAUGUUUAACACUUUAGAGAAAAUUUUAAUAAUUUUUUUUCGCAAUAAAACACCUCGGUAUAUACAAUAUCCAUAUAAGCUUUAAAUCCCUUUCCAUUGUUAUAAAU